CAAAGACGCAACCAGUUCAAGUUUUGCAAUGUCGAUGGCAGCGAGUGCGUGGGUGAGCGCAAACACCUUCUGGCAGAGCACCAGUUCGCUCUUUUUCCAUAAGAUACUGUUUUCAGCUGUAUUCUCGUCCGUAUUUGAUUUUGCCGGCGAUUUGCACGCAGAAAAUUCGCUCAUGGAAGCGGACUCGAGGAACUUCGACUUCCUCACGUAAAGGAGGUCGUUUUCGCAUAGUCGGUGAUCGGACCUCCGACAUGCCGGAGCGUACAGGCCAGGAAGAAAGGCCCCACCAGGAGGUGGUGCAUUUCCUUGGGAAGACGCAAGAUGCGAAGAUCAUCAGCAAUGACAUGUGCAGGAGUCAGGUGUUGCGAAUGCUUCAGGGCGGUGUCGCGACUGUUUUGCAAAAAUCCUCUGGCGCGUCAGAAAACGGCACGCUUUCGCAGGACCCACGCUCCGAGCUCUUCUUCGCCUGUUCGAAGCACCUGUUUGAUAAUACAGCUGCUGAGAGCAGUGCGUCCUCAGCAAAUGGGGUCGGCGAAGCUGCGUCCUCCUCCUCUUCAAGAGAGCGAGACGCGCCGCCAACUCUCGAAACACUGUCCGAAGAGAAGAAAAUCCAGAUCGCAUCGUUCCCGGUGCGCAGUGGCGGACAAGGGGAUGACAAUUUUGGACUCUCGAAGGUACAACUUACGACUCUGCGACUGUUUCGAUGGUUCUUUACCCAUCUCAUCCUGUAGCUUCGCUGUCGCUUUGCUGGCUUCAUGAUCUUGUUGACGUUGAGGGAAAUGCGAAAAUGAAGAUUUUGCGCCAUUAUCAGGUUUUCGGAUUAUCCUCCGAGCUAGAAGGCUUAAACCACGCCGAGCUCGUGAAGCUGAACCCACACCUCUUGGGCCUGUGCCGGAUGCGGACCUCGCGCCACCCGUUCAGCUACAGCAGUUGCUACAGUAUCGGCGGUCCGUUUUUGCAGAAGAGCAAGCGGCCGCUGGCGAGCCGCAUUUGCCUGCACAAGCAGAUGCUGGCCAUGGACAGUGACUUCGAGCGCGUCUUUUCCGGUUUCGUUGACAGCAUACUGGAGGACAUCGAGUACCUCCGCGAGAAGGAGUCCGAGUUUCUGUUUUUGGGCUUCGUCUUCACACCACUGGUCCACAGUCAGACCUCCACCAGACACGCCGCCGGAGGUGCGAGCGCGAGCGACUCCGGUAAAAAUCAUGCUGCGGACGCCUUGGAGUUUCGUUGGAAGAAGCCGGACAAGUUCAUCACGGUCGACUACGUGAAAGCCCACAAACGGUCUUUCUGUGCGCAGAUGCUGGGCCAUUACUACGCACAGCUGUACACCACUGGCGCAGGAGGCUCGUUGCUACCCGCGAUGUCGGGAAAGGCUGGAAGUGGGAUGCUGAUGGAUAAGAACAACAACGCCGGCCGGAAGGUGGUGACCUUUCACUUCCUGACGAAGCAGGGAAAGGAGGUGAUCGAGUGCAGCACGAGCUUCCACCUGUUUGUACAAAACACCGAGACCAAAACGUGGAGCGCGUACUACACCUACCCUCGGUGGCAGCCAGUUCUCGAUGGCGCGGUGCUGCUGAGUCCGAAGUUCGCGGCCGGGCUGGCGAAAGCUGUGAGUUUCAAGACCAAGCAAAAGGAAUCCAGCGGUGGCUUUUUCGGCGGUUCAACGAAAAAAGAGGACCCGGACGAAAAAAACCGAUCGGCGGAAGAGGUCCAGCUACUUCGUAUGAUUUCCUACCAAUUGCCGGAACCAUGCUUGGAGGUAGAGAAGUACCUGACGGAAAGGUUGAAGUCAUUAGCUUCUGACUUCGAACUGGUUCCGUUUUUUACCGAGCUGAAGUGCCUGGAAAGCCUGAAAAUCUGCUUUCGCUCCACCUCGAAUAAAGGUUCCUCUUCGAGCAAGUCCGCCGGAGACGGAAACAGAACCGCUUUGGCGAAAGACUGUGCGCGCGUACUCGAGAAUCCUUUGCUCUGCCUUGUCCACCGCGCGAGGUCCUCGCUCCACUUGCUGCUCAGCAUCGGCAAACGCAACCACUUCGCGUCGCACGUGUGGGCGCUGUUUCGCAGGCAGUUCAGGAGCCUGCUGCAGGACGUGCAGGAAGGGAUUACCCCGGACCUGAACCUGUUUUUCUUGUAUCCGGCGCUCCAUCGCUAUUUGGUCUACUUCGAAGACCAAGACUCCAUUUUCUCCGUCAGUGUCGAGUCUUUGCGCACGGUGUCCAACCUUCUCCGCGUGUCCGAGUGGUCGUUGCUGCUUCUGCUCGCGCAAGGUUUUUCGGUUGAUUCCCUAGCGAAGAUCGAUGAGUACAUGGGCCAGACGCUAGAAGACUCCUUUACCCUCGCCGGUUUGGCAGCAGCGCAAAAUUCCGAUAGCGGGGGCGGAACCACGAGCGGACAGCAAGCCUCACAACAGUCCGCGAAGCCAUAUAGCUUUCGCGCGUUGCUUGCGCAGCUGAAUCCGUACAUUCCCUCGAACUCAUCGGAGGCCUACGCUGCACCGGCCGCCGUCGCCCGCAACUUUCCGCCCUCCGUGUCAGCCGCGUGCCAGCUGUUUUUCUUCUUGACCAAGGCGAAAGUAGAUGCGGUGGUCUCGAGUGCGUUGCGCCCCUUGACCUGCGCGCGCCCAACGCCGGAGCACCGGUCGUGGCGUGCGGCUUUUCUUCGGUCGUACCUGAUCGAGCUCGUGCGGCCGGUUCUGCUGCAGCAUGUGCUCUCCAACGCAGCUCGCACGAAGUUCCUGAAGGAUUUCACCUUCACCGGCAUCAACGAAGCGUACGCUCGGCGGGGUCACGCGAAGCAAGCGAAGAAACGGGAGGGAAAAAGCCCGCGUGCGGCGGAGUCGGUAAAAAGCAGCGUUAACUUCUGCGGGCCGAGUUUGUUCCGUGGCUCCUACCCGGACGGAACCUCCACACCGCGCGUGCACCAACGCGUCGAGGUCAGUGGCGCCCUUGGCAACAUUUUCGCAAUCACGCCCGCGUUUUUCGGCACUGGUUCUUCGGUGAGCCGGAAGGUGUUUGUGCGGCAAGAGGACAUCCAUUUUCACCAUCUGUACGUUGAGAAGAGCAACCUGGAAUUCCUAUUUCACCACGCGCGCAGGCUCAGCGAUACCCUUUUGUCGCCGUCCGAAGCUGCGGGGGGAUCAUUUUUCGUUGCGGGCCGAGGGAACACAGCAAGCCCACGUAGUUCAGCCACGCAUUCUGCCGCGGGGGGCGGGACCCCCGAACCGCGAUCGCCAGCGCCGUCCGCAGCCGUGCCCGGCAGCCCGAGAGCCGCUGCACUCGCAGCGUUGCCUUCCUGCAAAAUGCAUGCCUCUCUCGGUCCAGUUGCCCUCGCAGGCGCCUUUGCCCAGGGGUCCGGGGUUUUUCCGAAUCUGGUCGCGCUGGAAGCCUAUUGCGAGCCGGACGCCCGGGCGGAUCCCUACGAGGCCUUCGCAGCCGAAGUUGCGAAGAUCGUGCGUCUGAUGUUCGAAAAGGACGAGCAUUUUCUCCCAAACUGCGUCGUUUCUCAGCCCGGGAACAAGAUCUUUCCGCUGCACACAGGCGAAUUCUCGAAGGACAUGCUGGAUCGCUCGACCGAGAGCGUUUGGAUUGACGGCGUUUACUUUCUCGAGCCAAGCACGAGCCUGCCGCGGGGCUUGCUUGAAGCGAAGAGAAAGCUCGCGCGAUCCUCUUUCAGCGAGGCGCGCGCGCAGUCGUGGAGUCAGAAGCCGCGCUACGUCCGUCUUCUGGUCCAGGUGACGCGCCGACUCAGCAACAGCAGCCCGCGGUACUUUCUUGCGAACACGCAUCCGGGCCUCUUUGUCGCGGAGGAAACCGCCGCAGCAGACGCAGAACCCCACCCGCUGCUCUCUCCCGAAGGCAUCAAUCGCGCAAACAACUUCGACGGCCUGUUCGGCGGCGAUCUGCUUGCGGAUGACGGCAGUCCGGCAGACUUCGUGAAAAACCUGAACGCUGGUCGAGCGAAAAGCCGUGGGGCUUUCAAUUUUGACGACGACACAGAUCCUCAUCUUCCCGUGACCGGGCCCAGCAGCCCGGAGCCAAUGGUACAACUCCCGGGCGCGCUGGGUUCCCCGCUGGCCUUCCGAACUAGCGUAGCAGAGUCCACGAGCCCGCCUGCCUUUCCGCAGCAAUUCACUUUCCAGAACGGUGGAAGCGCGGCGUCGAACAGCAGUGCAGUUCGCGGUGUUGACGGGAGAACGAGCAGCGCGAGUGCGCAUUCGGGCUCGGCGAGCAACGGGGCGCCGGUUCACGUGCGCGACGUGGAUGUCAAGACUGCAGAGCCAGGCAGACAUGAGGUAAGUAAGUAGUUGCGGAGUUUCGUUCUUUCGAUACCGGCGUGCAUGGCAUUUUUAUCUUCCAGAUAUCGAAAACUAAAGCACAGACUGUUUGCUGUUUUUCAUGGCCAAACAACAUUGUUCUCAAUGACAAUGUGAGUGUCAUUUGAAUUCCAAUCGUGACGCUUCUCCCCGUUCCACCUCAGGCACGUCAGCGGUCUGGUUCUAGCUCUCCCUUCGCCGCAAAGCGCGGGAGAAACUUCGGAGAAGCAGGUCCGGACAAAACCCCAGAUCCCGAGCCAGAUCCAUUUGAACCGGACUUCAGUCGCCUACUCUUCUGCGACGCAGUAACGCUGGACGCGCGGCGCGACGUUGCCUCGGAUAAUCGCGACAUCGCUUCCACUCUGCUGGGAGAGGACGAGGUAGAUGCAACUGAAGCAGCGGUGGCAGGAGCUUCGCGCAGUCCCGCGCGUCGCCCGGUCGUGACCUCCGCAAAAGCAGCGCUGGCGAUGCGGUCCCGGCCGCCGGCCCCGCUGGCCAAAAACGUGCUUUUUGGCCUCACAGCGUGGUCUUUCGAGGGGUUCGACGCGAUCACGGAGCUCGCGCGCUGUCUGCACCCGCUCCCCAACGGUUUUUUCCUGCAGCAGGUUUCAAACGGGCGACGGUUGAAGUGGAAGACGCGCACUCUGAAUGCCCAUGAGCUUCGGGCCGUAGCCCGGCGGAAGCUGGAGAAGCUCACGCGUUACCAGGACCGGGUAGUGGGUUUGUUUGACAGCUGGGUGUACACGCUGAAAUAUUGCUUGCUCGAAUUGGACACCAUCAUCACGAUCUCGGAUUCGUCCGGCGUCAAUUUCGCGGCCCUGCAAGAGAUGUGGACCCAGUGGGUGGUCACGCUACGCGACGACGUACUGCACAGCCGCUUGUUCGUGCUGCCGCUCUUCCCGGAAGUGCAGCGAGCGUGCCUGGGGCGUACAGUAGAGCAGCUGGACGCCUUCGCAAUUCCAACCUACGACGAAGACCAACUCCGCGAUUGGCUGCGUCUCGCACGCAACUGUUUGUCGGUGCUGGAAUGCUUUUGCGUCCUGGCCCAAGGCGUGUGGUUGCACGCGACGGGCAGUCCAGAGGAGCUGAAAGCGGUGCGCCAGCCAUUGCUACCACAUGCGUGAAGAACAAACACGCGGGGACGCAGGGUCAUAGAAUACUACAGGACAAGCAGAUGAUGAAAGAACGGAUGACUCUUGCUCUACAACACGAAGUGACAU